AAAAACAGUUCUAUCGAAGAUAAAAUCGAGAAGAGAAAUAAAAACACAAUCCCGUAGCAGAAUUGCGUCGGAAACGGAAAGUGGGAACAAGAAACUUCACUCUCUCCUCUUCUUCAACCCCACCUGGAAGAUUUGUACCCCAAAACUGGUGUUUUGAAUCACUGAUCAAUAUGCAAGGAAACUGUUUGUUGAAAGUCCUCAAUGAGUAGGUACCCUUUUGUUUGUUUCAGAUUCCAUUUACUUGAUGGGUUUUGUUGUGGCUUUGAGUUUAUUAACACCGCUGCGAAACGAGGCGGAAAAUUUUAACGGUUUGCCGUCUUAUCGGUCACGCAAUUCGUCGUUGCCUCAUCUCUCAAUCAGGAAGGUAUCAUGGGUUGUGAGGACAGAGUCGAAUGUUCGGAGGAAAGUCCGAAAGAAGCCGGAUCCACCUUGUGUGGUAUGUGAGGGGAGUGGAAGAGUGGAUUGCCAUUGUUGUCAGGGAAGAGGAAGGACGAAUCAGGUUGAUAUGGAAAUGCUUCCGAAAGGUGAAUGGCCUAGUUGGUGUAAAACGUGUGGCGGAAGUGGGCUUACGUAUUGCUCGCGGUGCCUUGGAAGUGGAGAAUAUAGGGGUGUUAUGGGGUUCCAUUUCAUGAAGAAGGAUAAUGAAUCCCAAUAGCACUAGUCUUAGGUUUUUCUUCUUCUUGGGUGAUGAAUCGAUGAUAUGAUAUUAGGUUUGAGGUCAUAGAGAAUGUCCUGGUACAGAAGAUUUACUUGUAAUUGCAGAAUAUUUAUUCUCAAUCACAUUAUGGAAGAAUGGCUUUAAUUGAUUGUCUGAA